GCGAAAUGGCCCAAGUGGUUAGAGCGCGAAUUUACUGAGCGGAAGGCCCGUGGUUCGAACCCGACCUCUGUCACUCGACUUCCCCUGUCUAGGCUUCGGCGACCUGGCAGUAUCCUAGCCCUCGCGCUUCCUCCGGGUGGCAUGGCAGCUAGGCACCGAAAGACUAGGCUGGUAUUUACCCCACAGUCAACUGAAAUCUGCUUUUUGUCUAAUUCAUGGUACACAUUCAUCAUCAUCAUCAUCAUCAUCGACAGCAUGACACCAAUGUUCAACACCGAUGCUUUACUGUCGUACAACCAUGAUUUAUUUGAAAGCCUUAUUGUAAAGAAAAGAGUAAAGGUGGAUGGGGAGGGACUUAGUGCUAGCUUACCACAAUCAUUCCGAGGUGCCUACACAUCCACACAUUCACUCAGGCGAUCUGGA